AAAUCGCAACAAUUUCAAACGGCAGUCUCUUCCAAGACUCUCUCUCUCCAACCGUUUUCUCUUUCAAGUCACUCUUCUUCUUCUUCUUCAUCGAGUCCAAAGUCUUGAACAUUGAUAAAGCAAAAUGCCGCAUCCCGCGGAUUUGCAAAGCAAUUCCGAGUUCGAUGACUCAGAUUCAGUCUCCACCGCUGCCGCUUCAGCAUGUAAUCCCAAUUUGAAUCGUGAUCUCUUCAAAGAUCUCGUCGAAAUUGUCCCUCUCAUUCAGUCCCUCAUAGAUCGUAAACCGAGUCGUUCGUUCCCUCAUCGUAGUUCCAUGAUCUAUACCAAAGCACCACCAAAAGAAAAAAAGCAAUCUAUUUCUGCCACCAAGACGAGGGACCAUGGAGCAAAAGAACAAGGACAAAACUCUGAUGCUGAUAGCUUUUCUAUGUUUUCUGGAAGAGCUUUUACAUCAGAGAAGGACAUAGAAGAGUUGGUUGCCUUGAAGGAACAGAUAGGGGACCUUCAGUUGAAAUUAAAGGAGAAAGAUGAACUUUUAAAGUCAGCAGAUGCAAAACUGGAUGAAAUUAAACACCAGGUUUCAGAAAAGGAUGGUUCCCUAAAGUAUACUCAACAACAACUAUCUGAUGCUAAGAUUAAACUCGCAGAUAAGCAAGCUGCCCUUGAAAAGAUAAAUUGGGAAAUGAUGACAUCCAACAAGAAAGUGGAGAAACUUCAAGAAGAGCUGGACUCUGUGCAAGUAGACGUUUCGACAUUCACGUUGCUGCUUGAAAGCUUAGCAGAUACUGACACUGCUAUGUACACAGAUGAUUAUGACACCAAGCCUUAUGUUUUCAAUCACGUGCCUGAAAUUGAUGAUAUGGAUGAAAUGGAAUGGCAGAAAAUGGAAGAAGCAAGAAAAGCUUACAUUGCUGCAGUUGCUGUUAGCAAAGAAAAGCGAGAUGAAGAAUCUAUUGCUGCCGCUGCUAAUGCUAGGUUACGUCUUCAAUCUCUAGUUUUCAAAUCCAAAAGUUUUAACAUAUGAUUUAACUAAUUUAGUCUUACACGCCGGGCCCUCCAGUCACAACUCACAAAUAGUAAAGCAAUUAUCUAGUUUGGACUUUGGAUGGAAGAUAUUCUUUAGUCUACACGCUUGUUUGUGAACAAUAGUAGAAGUUUUUACUGUUUUCAUGUAACAAAUCAAUGAAUUAGAACUCGUUCAACCUUCAACAAGGUUUACAUGUGAGUCCCAGAAUUGUGGCAUUCAGCAAGUUUUCUUCCAGUAACUGAUUCUAAGUUGCAGAGGCUAUUUGUGUUGGGGACUGCUGUUAUUAUUGUUCAAAUCAGAAGACUGUUACUGUCAUGAGUAUCUCAGAAUAUGUGGCUUCCUAUCUCUCUGUGUGGGCAUGUAUUCAGCCUUUAGUAUCCAAGUUGUCUUCUGGAUUCAUACUUUCACUAUGUUGUCCAUAUCUUUGUUUCCAGAAGCUAGACCUUGUGUUAUUUUAUCAUCUGAAUUGUUAAUAUCUGCACUCAAAUUUCUGUAUUUGUUCAUGUUUGUUUGUUAUUUUGAAAUGUACAAAUGCAAUCUAAACUUAUUGUUUUAUCA